AAGCCGGAUGAAAAGAAAAUUUAUUUGAAUUCUUUGAAACUGUUCUAAACAUGAAUUACAAAUAUACUAAUUUUAUCGCGAAACGAAAUAUGGCGAUUAUUUUUGCGAAUUUUAGGGAAUUUUGCAAUAUUUCGCGAAUAACAUUUUUAAACAAAUGCUGAAUAAAACCGCAAAUUUAUGAUUUUCUCCUUUGUUUUUAAUUUUUAUUGAAAUUGUUAGGUUAUUUUUAUACACUGAUGUCCGAAAUUAAGAUUACAAAAACAAAAAAUGCGAUGAAAAAUAAUCCGUUUAUUUUAAUGGAAUCUUGUAUAUGCAUGCUCAUAUUUUGAGACAGUAAUAAAAUAAAAUAAUUAAGGGUAACUGAUUUACGAUAUGGAAAUGAAUGCAAAAACGGCCAAUACGUGACACCUCAUAUUGCUCAACUGGUCCAGCUAAAAAAAAAAAAAAAAGAGUGACGACCUGGCACAGCUUUACAUAUGUCAGAAUGGGCCCUACUUAUAUGAACGAGGUGUUUGAGCUCGCAGCAACGAAUGCCAUUCUUCUGAAACGGAAGAUUUUAAUGUCUGGGAGAUCCUAUGAGAGAGAUGAUGUUGCUCAAUGGCUUUUCUUAGUCCGUCCAAACAUGCUGUGUAAGAUUUUAGUAGGGCGAACGACUCUGGCAACACCUUGUGGGAGUACCCUUUUCCGCCAAAAUGUCGCCAUUAGUUGAGCUCUGGGUAAACUUACGUUGUCGUCUAUAAACUAACUUUGAAUUAUCUUUUAUACUAUUAUGAAUUUGAAGAUUUUCUGAACUACUGAAAUAUGAGAAAAAUUUAUUUUUGAAAGUUAUAUGAAAUCGCCAUUCUCUGCUGAUCCUUUCCGACAAAUAAUUUCGAUUCCAUAUGAUUCUUUUUUGUUCAAAACUUCUUGAAGAAAGAAGAUUCUUGUAUGUACAACGUACUGUAUUGGAAUACAAACUGAAAUAGUAUACUCAGUAGACCUCACGAUGUUACAUAAUCUAAAACAUCAGUUGAAGAAUCACGAGAGGAAAACCCAGGAAGAGAAAUCAAAGUUUUCUGAAGAUUGCAGUAUGAUGUAAAAACACUGUGCAAUUAAAUGGCAAUCUUGAUCUAAAAUAAAGGUGUUGAAUAUGUUUAUAGAAUUAAUUGUUUCAUAAAUGUCAAUUUCAGUUUCCGAGCUGUGACUCUGAGCGUGUUGGACGCACUUUAACUGCUCAAUUUACCAUGAACUGACCCAGUUCCGUAGGCGGUCAGUUAGCUUACUUUUAGUUUUUACUGAGUAUUUUCUUUGACUUCUGCGAGUGACCCUUAGGGUUUCACGGCAAGUAUGUCCUUUUUUAGGACAGUAAUUACGGAUGAUGAGGCUAGCGACUGUACGGAUUCUGGGUUAUCUACUAUGUCCAUGCCAACCACUUCAAGACGCGAAGAAUUUCUGAAACACCUCAGACUAAGGAAAAAAGCGGAAACUAAAAAGGAAAAUGCGAGUUCGGAGAAGGAAAGAAUUAGAUUCGAAAAACUGCAGAAACUUAUCCAGGAAAUUGGAGCUGACUAUUUGACUCAUCACUUGGAAUUUGAACAACGAUUAAAGGAAGUCAAAUCCCCUGAACAUCAGAAUAGACUUACGAUGUAACACGCAACGAACGGAGCAAGUACCUACCAUUCCUAAUAAUGAAAAUGAUUGGACUACGCCAAAAAAGACUGCUAAAAUUUAUGAGAAACCGAUCCCGAUGGAGAUACCACAAAAAAAAAAAAAAAAAAAAAAAAUGUUUUCAAGUACUUAGGAAAGUCGACGAGGAAAACCUCGAAGGAGGAGCCAACUCUGAAAACCCGCCCCCACACAUUGUAUUUUCACAAGACGAUGUUGACUGGCUGACUCUGGACGAAAUGUUCACACUAAAUUGUACAGAUCCCCAUGAAUCACAAAUGAAAGGAAAAUCCAUCUUCUUGUAUACGAAGAACCUGAAGCAUUACAGUGCGAUGAACGAAUCUUACUUGAAGAAAAGAUCCCUUACCAUUCAUACCAGUUGGAAUUCGACAAGUCGAUUCGAGUCAUGAAAAACCUCCCCGCUACUAUCAAAGAAAAUGUCAAAUACUUCAAGACCUUAAAUUCAGGAAAUAUCCUAUAGAAAAAGUCAAGCAGUUCUCCAAAACCCAUGAAGGACAGAAAAUUAAACUCCCCAUCUACCUACUGGAACAAAAAAGAUCCCCUGAAGGCAAUAAGAUUCACCAGCUUAAUAAUAUGUUCAGUUUUAACAUCACCAUAGAGAAAUUCAAUCCCAAAAAAAGAUAAUCCAAUGCUGCUGCUGCCAGCAAUUCGGUCAUUCGCAAUACUGUUGCAGUAAUCCCGUCAGAUGUGUAAAGUGCGGGCAACAACAUCGAAGCAACCAAUGCAACAUAAAGCCAGAAGACAAGCCUAAAUGUAUUUUCUGCGAACUCAACCACAUCAGCACUAUAGUGGCUGCAGCGAAUAUAAGGAAAGAUUCGAAAAGAAAAGCAGCUCUUCCCAGCCUAAAGCUCCUGAAUUCUCCGAAGAAAACUUUCCUAGCUCCAAGACUGCCGAAAUCCCAGCCAAGCUACCUACAGCGAGAAAUUAAAAGGUCAUAUAUGACAAAAAUAUAAAAUGCGGAGAAUUGGUAUCUAUAGCUCGUGUGGCAGACGCCCCAACACUCAAAUUUGAUGCUGAUCGGAAAUGCAGUGACUUAACAUUCAUCAUGUUUGAUCCGGAUGCGCCAACAGGCGUCUCUUUUGGAUACUGGGUGGUAGUUAAUGUUCCCUCUUCAGCUCUAAAAUCUGGAACCAAAGGAGAGGAAGGCGAUAUUUUGCUGCAGUAUUUUCCUCCCGGUUCAGUAACUGGCGACCAUAGGUACACUUUUUUCGUCUACUGCCAGCAACAUGCUGUGAAACGAAAGAAGUACUCUGAAACGGAAAGAACGAAUUUUGAUCCUCGGGUAUUCUCAUCAAAGAAUGAUCUCAGCGAUCCAAUCGCAGCGACUUACUUUAAUCUUACGGCCAUUGAUGGAAGUAGUGCAAGCUUGUAAAUUCUACCUCUUUAUGUAGAUGAUUCUAAUGAAAUGAACAGCGCCUUUGAUUUCUAUGGUCUGUUAUCAGCUAAAUAAAAAAUCUUGAUGCGAAUGUCAGGUAUUUCUAUUAUGGCAGUCAAAAUCUUGUUUUACAGUGUCUUACUGCGUUUAGCAUCUAGUGACAGUUGUUACCAAAAACUGAAAGAAGUUGGAAUCCUUCCUACAUUUGCUGAAGACGUGAACUCAACAGAUUUAAAGAUUAUUUAUCCACCGGAUAUACCAGUGGAGUGUGGAAAUAGAAUUUCGAUUGUGACUGUUGCUAAAAGACCCACUCUAACUUACGAUGUGAAUGGGGCUUGUAAGUUAGCUACAGUUCUUUUAUUUGGUUUUGGUCCAGUUCCUGUUGUUGGCAUGCCAGUCUUGCACUGGCUGGUUUAUAAUAUUCCAACAGAUGUAUUGGCUAAUGGUUUUAGUGGACAAGCUGGUGAUGCAAGGGCUAAAUACAUUCAGCCCUUCGCACCAGAUCUUGAGCAAAGAUACACUUUCUUCGUAUAUUGCCAAGAACAUCCUGUUGAUGUAAAUGACGAAAUACCUAUACUGCAGAGACUAGGGAUCGAUCCAAAACAGAUUGCCCAGGAACAUGAUCUUGGAAAUCCAGUUGCAGCAAAUUACCUGACUUUAGUUCUCAUUAAUGGAGAUCCAUUGGAACCUAAGCCGUAGAAGAACAGAAUUGUAAGUUGACAAUAUACAUCAAAACAUAGAAGAGGAGCUUCAGAGUAUCCGAUUUUGACAUAAAAUACCUUCGAACAUGUAACACUUAUGAUGCCAUAAAGAUAUAUAUAUAUAUUCAUGAAA